AUUUAUUUAAUUUUUUAAGAUAUGAAACCCGCUUAAAAUUCGUUAAAUAAUAAAUAGAGUAGUGAAUUCAAAGCAUUAGUGGUAUGAAUAAUGAAUAAGAAUAGAAAUUGCUUGAUGCAAAAGAUUAUAAAAAGGGUCUAAGAAAUACUGAAAAAUUAUUGGAACAAGUACCUGAUAAUUGGGAAGUGGUAUCUUUAAAGGCCAUAUUUAUGUAUUAUAAUGAUGAACAACAAAAGGGAUUAGAAUUAGCUAAGCAAGCAGUGUUUAAGAAUUUAGGAUCAGACUUUUGUUGGCAUAUUUAUGGUUUAAUUUAUAAGGCCUAAAAAAAUUAUAUUGAGGCUGUAAAAUGUUUUUUAUAGGCAAUAAAAAAAGGAGAAGAAAACAUCUAAUUAGAGAGAGAUACAGCAAAUUUGUAAAUUCACACAAGGGAUUUUGAAGGAAAUGCCUAACUUAGACAUAAGAUAUUGACAAAAAAAUCAAACAUGAUUGUGAAUUGGAUAGCAUUUAUAUUUUCUUAACAUUUAAUAGGAAAUUAUGAAAUAGCAUUUAAAGCAAUAAAUUCAGCUGAAUAAUUGAUCUAGAAAGAUUAAUAGAAUCCAAUAAAGAAGGUUGAAAUGAAUGAAUUUAAAUUAUAUUAAAUUUAAUUAGCAAUAGAUGCAAAAGAUUAUUAGAAAGCUAAAUAAAAUAUAAUAACAUUUAAAAAGUAAUAUAUUUAAUAUAUUCAAGUGAUAUUACAGAUAUGGUGGCUUAUUAUGAACUUUAAUAUGAUUUAUUUAUGAAAUUAGGAUCAAAUUAAGAAGCAGUAGAAUCAGCAAAACAUUUAUUAGAAUUAUAACCAUAAAAUUGGAAAUACUAUGUACUGUUAAAAAAGGCAAAUCCCUAAUUUGAUUUAUCAGUUUAUGAUAACACAUUAGUUUAAGGUUAAUUAUUAGCUGAAUUGAAUGGAGAUAAAUUUAGAGAAAGUUUUUUAAAGUUUAUAGAUCCAUUUUUUUAGAAAUCUCUUCCUUCAUUAUUUAGAGAGAUAAAACAUUUAUAUAGAUAGAAAGAGAAAUUGGAUGUAAUAAAAGAGGCUUUUGAAUCAUAUUUAACAUCUGGACCAAUAUAAAAAUUAUGGGCAUUAAUGCUUUUAGCUUAACAUCAUUAUUAAAUUAAAUAAUAUGCAAAAUCAUUAGAAUUGGUUGAAGAGGCAAUAGCACAUACACCAACAUUACAUGAAUUAUAUUUAAUUAAGGCAAAAGCAUUGCAUAAAUAAGAAAAGUUUAAAGAAGCAUAUGAGGCUACAGAUAGAGCUAGAUAAUUAGAUUUAGCUGAUAGAUAUUUGAAUAAUAAAACUAUUAAGUAUGCUUUAAGAGCUAAUAUGGUUUAUUUAUCAUAAGAAUUGUUGAGAAUGUUCUUAAGAGAUGGUUCAAAUCCAUAUGAAUUAUAAAUGAUUUGGUUUGAAUUGGGAGUUGGUAGAACAUUUUUAAGAUUGAAUUAUCUUGGACCAGCUUUAACUUAAUUUUAUUUGAUCUUUAAACAUUAUCAAGAAAUGUAUGAUGAUUAAUUAGAUUUCUAUUAAUUUUCAAUUAGAAAAUAUACUUUAAGAUCUUUAUUAUAAAUGUUUGAUGCUAUGGAUAAUAGAUAUAGUGCUAAAUAUUUUAUUGAAACUGCAGGUUUAAUGAUUGAAGGUUUGAAUAGAUUAAAACUUAAAUUAUAAGAUAAUAAUAAGGUAGAAUAGAAAAAAUUAACACCUAAAGAAAAGAAACAGUUAUAAAAAUUAUAAUAAAAAUAAGAAGAAGAAAAAUAACUUAGAGAAUAAUUCUCUAUUGAAGGACAUAUUUAUAGUAUUGAAUUAUAAAAGAAAUUUGAUCUUUCUGGAGAAUAUCUUUUAUCUAAAUUAAAAACUGAAUAAGAUAUUAUUAAAAUGUAAAAUCAAUUUGCUUAAGUUUUGAUACAUACCAAUUAUAAUAAUAAAGAAAUUAAUUUUUAAGCAUUUAAACAGUUAGUCUCAUUUUACAUACAAUAAAAUAGACCACUUUUGUGUGUUAAAUUACUUAAUAAACUCAGAAAUAAUCAAACUGAAACAAAUCAAAUUGUCAAUCAUAAAUAUCAACUUAUGAUUAUUUAAUAUUGUAAAAUUUUAUAUUUAUUUUUUAAUAGUAAAUUAAUAUAAGGGACCAUUACUUUAAUAUAUUCAAGAGUAUUAAUAAGAUUUGAAUAAAUUUGAUGCUGACUUUUGGAAAUCUGUUGAGAUCAAAUCUCAAUUAGAUAAAACUAUAAGUAUUUAAUUAAUCAUAUAAUUUAAUUAGAAUUGCAUUGUGAACAUAUUUUGUAAAAUAAACCAUUUAAUAUUUAAUUGGAAUCCAAUGAAUUAGAUUUCUUAUAGGAAUAUCCUACUGCUAAAGUAAAUAAAUUUGUUAUUAUAGACAACAAAUCCAUUUUAUACAAAUGACCCUAAUUUGGAAUGGCAAAAUAAUUAGAUUAGCUAAUUCUAAUCAUCAUAAUCAACGUAAUCAGUAUCAUAACAAUAGUAAUGAAUGUGGAGUAU